AUGCAAGAAAUUUUGUAAAUUGUAUUUGAUUUAGGUGAGAAGAGAUAAGUAAAACUAAAAAAAUAUUAAGGAAACACUUAAAGUAUAUCGGGAUGCAGAUCCUACAUAAUUAGCUUAGGAAUUUGUUCAUUAACAUAAUUUAAAAAAUGAAGCAAUUCCAAUGAUAGAGGAAACAAUUUGGCAUCACUUGAAAUAAAUCACAAUAAAUAAAACUUAAUAAUAAGAAAAUAUAUUUGAUAGAUUGCAUAAAGAAGCACAUAUUAAAUAAUAAAGAAAAUAAAUUUAAUUUGCUAAUCAAUAAUUAAGUUAGAGAGGAAAUAUACCUUCACCAGUUUUAAAAUAUAAUCCUGGGAACGUUCUAUAUUAAAAGGGAAUCUAACAUAAAGAAUAAUUGGAGUAUAUUUAUAGAUAUGUUUUAAAUUAGACGUUUAUAAGAAUAGAGAAAGAUGGAAUAAUCCUAAAUAGAAUAUCCAUUUAAGCCAUUCAUAAGUGAAAGAAGUUAAUUAUUAGCAAAAAGACCACACAAAUAAUCAAUGCCAGAUUAUUUAAUGUAGAUGGGCAAAGAUAUUUGUAAACAUAAAGAAUAAAUGAGAACAAGUAGAUAUUAAAUAGAAACAUAAGAAUGUUCAUUCCGACCAAAUAUUAAUUAAAUGUAAGAUUAAUUGAUAUAAACAAUGCAGAAGUUAAAAAAUGUUAAUGGAUAAAUCAAGAAAUUCAUAAUCUAAUAUUUAUGAUAGAUUGUAUCAUGAAGGAAUGCAAUCCAAAGUUAAGAGAAUGAGUAAUAUGGAAAAUACUGAGAGUUAAUCAUAAAGUUAACUACUCAAUUAAUAGAGUUCUAGAAAACAUAGCAAGACUGAAAUACCAUUUUUAGAAAGGAUGCAAAUAUCAGUUUUUGAAUAGAGAAAGAAAAAGGAAGCUAUUUAACCAUAGUAAGAAUAUGAUUAAAGUACAGGAUAAAAGUUAUAUCACCCUUAAAUUUGUAGACCUCCUAUGUCUGUAUAAUAUAUAUAUUUAAAUCUAGAGGAAUGCUGAUCAUUUACCUAUUGGAGAAUAUCUAUAUUAAAUGAGAACAAUCAAAGAAGAUAAAUUUCAUUUUUUGAUUGAGUAAGAUAAAUAAGAUUAAUAAAAUUAAAGAGCAAGAUCUUUAGAUAAAUCAAAUUAAAUUUAUGAAAUUAAAAAGAAGAAAUUUCUUUAAGAAAUCUUUUAUUUAUUAGAUUCAGAUGGAGAUGGGGUAAUCUCAGCAUAAAGAAUAGAAAUAUCAUCAAUUAAUGCUGAAGUAUUAUAAUUAUUAACACCUUUAUUAUGUGAAAUGGAAUAAAUCAAUGCUUAAUUGAAUUAAUAAUAAUUUUAUGAAGCUGCUAACAGACUUAUAUCAACAUUACCAAUAGUUGAUAGAGAUAAAUUGUUGAAAGGAUUGUCAAAUAAAAAAAAAAUAAAUUAAGAAGAGUAUUCUUUUUAGGUAUUAUAAUAUAAUAUAUGUAAUUUAGCCUUAAUUGAAUUAAAAUUCAAUGAGAAUUGUCAGCACAAGAUAAAAUCAUUCAGCAAGUAAUCAUAAACAUUAAAUAUAAUAAAAAGAUGAAAUGUCAGAAUGUACAUUUAAACCUAAAUUAUAUACUCCACUUAAAAUAUAUGAGUUUAUGCUUAAUUAAUGA